AUGUUUCGACCGGUAUUCAUUCUCAAAAUAUUAAUUAUAUCACUUGCUCUCAACUUCACUCUCCUGCUAUAUUUCUUAUUACGAAAUUCAAACAAUCAAGCGCACACGAACAGAAACAAUCACUAUAAUGAAUACAAUGAUUAUUAUUCACAUGAACUUGAUAUACUAUCAACAAAUAUCAAAAUUAUACCUAUGCCUAUGUUUAUGACAGCAGAACCUUCAAGAAUUUUAUUAUCCAAUGAUUUUAGUAUUCUAUCAAAAGAAAAGCCUUCGAAAGAUCUACAUUCAGCUAUUCGUCGUUAUUCAAAAUAUAUUUCAUCGUUAACAGGAAAAUCAAUAAAAAGUAACCAAAAUAUCGCACCUUCAGAGAAAAAACUUAUUAUUAAUUGUGCGUCAAUGGCUUCAGAAAAUGAGAAAUAUCCAGCACUCGCUGAAGAUGAAUCGUAUGCACUUAAUAUAACAAACACAGGCUCAUAUUUAUAUGCAUCGACAUUGACAGGUGUUCUUCGAGGGUUAGCAACAUUUGUACAAUUGAUUGAACGUAGUACAUCAUCAAGUAAUUGUUAUAUUCCAGUAGUGCAUAUUAUUGAUCGACCUCGGUUUACGUGGAGAGGUUUAAUGCUUGAUGUAUCGCGUCAUUGGAUGCCGGUAUCAGUCAUUGAACGAACAUUAAAUGCAAUGGAAUUAAGUAAACUUAAUGUUCUUCAUUUGCAUCUAUCGGAUGAUCAAGGCUUUCGUGUUGAAAGUAUUCAAUAUAAACUAUUACACGAUACAAAAGAUUUUUUUACACAAAAAGAUAUUAGAUAUCUUGUUGAAUAUGCUAGACAGCGACGUAUACGUAUUGUGCCUGAAUUUGAUAUACCUGGCCAUACAACAAGUUGGUUUGUUGGUUAUCCAGAAUUAGCUACUGAACCUGGUCCAUAUCAAGUUUCAACUACUUGGGGUGUUAUAAAAUCUACAAUGGAUCCAACUAAAGAGACUACAUAUAAAUUUCUAGAUGUAUUUUUUGAAGAAAUGACAAAACUAUUUCCUGACCUAUAUUUUCAUAUUGGCGGAGAUGAAGUCGAAGGUACUCACUGGGCACAAUCACCAACAAUACAAAAAUUUAUUUCCGACAAUAACCUAAUAAAUAAAAAUGGUUUACAAGCAUAUUUUAAUAAACGUGUACAAGCCAUGCUAAAAAAAUAUGGAAAAAUAAUGAUAGGUUGGGAAGAAAUUCUUGACGAAAUGCACGAAAAUUUAACCAUAGAUAAUGAUGCUAUUAUUCAAUCGUGGAAAAGUCGAAAAGCACUUGUUAAUUCCAUAAGUAAAGGUUAUCGAAGUAUUCUUUCUCAUGGCUAUUAUCUUGAUCAUCUUUCACUAACUUCAUUUCAUUAUAAAAUUGAUCCAAUUGUUAAUGAUGAGUUAUGGUUAUUCAAUCAAGAUCAAUUAGGCCGAAUUCUAGGUGGCGAAGCGUGUAUGUGGACUGAAUUCGUUGCACAAAACUCUGUUGAUUCUCGUAUUUGGCCUCGUGUUCUUGCUAUGGCUGAACGUUUUUGGUCUUCAUCUUCGAUUACAAAUCAAAAUUUCCUCUAUGAACGUCUCUUUCAUAUGAAUCAUUUACUGGAUAAAAUGCAAACAGGCCUGACACAUCUUUCAACGUAUACGACUCAAUUACAAAAUUUAAUUCUUGAUUCAGAUAAAAAAACAAGUCUUCUACAUCCAUUCGUUAUUCUAGCUGAUGCUUGUGAACCGUAUGGUUUUGACCAACGUACUCAGAGUGGUAAAUAUACAUCUCAAGUGCCGUUGACCACAUUUACUGAUAUUUUACAAUGUGAAAGUGAACUUAUAUGGAGAUUAGAAAAAAUGCCAAUUGAUGAUAAAAAGUUUCAAGAUAUAUUUCAAAUAUGGUCACUUAAUCAUGUACGUUUAAGAUCAUUAUUUGAUACUGUCGAACAAUCGAAACAGAAACAAUUAUGGGGGCAAGAUAUUCAAAGAUUAUCGGAAAAUCUUGCAGAAGUCGGUCGCAUUGGUUUGGCAACUUUAAAUUAUGGUAUUAAAGGAACAUUUUAUAGUGGUGAAAAUAGUACAAUGAAUUCCAUGACGUUGAUACAGUGGGCUGCACAGCAGAAUAUGCUAUUGACUCAAUUAGAAAAUCAAGUGUUUGAAGUACGAUUGGCAGCUGUAAGACCCGUGCGACGUUUACUGAAUUCGAUACAAAUAUUUGUUUAA